AUGGAAUAUUCUCAUCAUAAUAUGCAUCAAAGAUAUUCAAGAAAAGAAAUAUGGUUUUGCAAAUCUCUUGAGUUUGAUAACUAUAUUCAAGAGAAAAUGUUCUUCAUCGGGAAACCUGAUCAAGAAAGUUUAGAACGAAGCUCACAAAUUACAUUUGAAGUAGACUGCAAUCAAAGUGGGGAAAAUCAUUUUCCACCGCAAAAAUACGGCUGUCAUUUUAGAUGGCAGAAAUCUUGA